AUGCGGAGUUACGAGAGAGUGGACCAGCAGAGCUCAGAACCUCCCAGUGGUCCGUCUGUCCAGCAGCAUCAGACACAGCUGGACUCCAUAUUUCUGUUGCUAGAGGACAACAUUGUCAUGUUUGUGAAAAACGAGCUGAAGAAGAUCCAGAGGGGUCUGAGUCCAGAUUACCCAGAAUCCCUAGAGCAUCUGUUGCAGGGUGAGGAUGAAGAGCAGAGGAGGAGCAGCAGAGAGGCGUUUGUGAAGAUCACAGUGAACUUCCUGAGGAGAAUGAAGCAGGAGGAGCUGGCUGAGCGUCUGCAGAGCAAACUUUUUGCUGCAGUUUGUAAAAAGCGGCUGAAGUCUAAGCUGAAGAAGAAGUACCAGUGUUUGUUUGAGGGGAUUGUUAAAGCAGGAAACCCAACCCUUCUGGAGCAGAUCUACACAGAGCUCUACAUCACAGAGGGAGGGACUGGACACGUCAACGAUGACCAUGAAGUCAGACAGAUUGAAGCAGCAUCCAGGAAACCACACAGAGCAGAAACAACCAUCAGACAGGAAGACAUCUUUAAACUCCCAACUGGAAGAGAUGAACCAAUCAGAACAGUGAUGACGAAGGGAGUGGCCGGCAUCGGGAAAACAGUCCUAACACAGAAGUUCACUCUAGACUGGGCUGAAGGCAGAACCAACCAGGACAUCCAGUUCCUGCUUCCAUUCACCUUCAGAGAGCUGAAUGUGCUGAAAGAGAGAAAGUUCAGCUUGGUGGAACUUGUUCAUCACUUCUUUACUGAAACCAGAGAAAUCUGCAGCUUCGAAGAGUUGCAGGUCGUGUUCAUCUUUGACGGUCUGGAUGAAAGUCGUCUUCCUCUGGACUUCCACAACAAUGAGGUUGUGACUGAUGUUACAGAGUCCACCUCAGUGGAUGUGCUGCUGACAAACCUCAUCAGGGGGAACCUGCUUCCUUCUGCUCGUCUCUGGAUCACCACACGACCCGCAGCAGCCAAUCAGAUCCCUCCUGAGUGUGUCUCCAUGGUGACAGAGGUCAGAGGGUUCACUAACCCACAGAAGGAGGAAUACUUCAGGAAGAGGUUCAGAGAAGAGGAGCAGACCAGCAGGAUCAUCUCCCACAUCAAGACGUCACGAAGCCUCCACAUCAUGUGCCACAUCCCAGUCUUCUGCUGGAUCACUGCUACGGUCCUGGAGAAAGUCCUGGAAAACAGAGAGGGAGGAGAGCUGCCCAAGACCCUGACUGAGAUGUACAUCCACUUCCUGGUGGUCCAGACCAAACUGAAGAAGGUCAAGUAUGAUGGAGGAGCUGGGACGGAUCCACACUGGAGUCCAGAGAGCAGGAAGAUGAUCAAGUCUCUGGGAAAACUGGCUUUUGAGCAGCUGCAGAAAGGAAACCUGAUCUUUUAUGAACCAGACCUGAGAGAGUGUGGCAUCGAUGUCAGAGAGGCUUCAGUGUACUCAGGAGUGUUCACCCAGAUCUUUAGAGAGGAGAGCAGCCUGUACCAGGACCAGGUCUUCUGCUUCAUCCAUCUGAGUGUCCAGGAGUUUCUGGCUGCUAUUCAUGUCCAUCAGACCUUCAUCAAGUCUGGAGUCAACCUGCUGGAGCAACAAAAGAAUACCUUCUGGUGGUUUAAAACAAGAGCAGAGACUGACCUGUAUCAGAGUGCUGUGGACAAGGCCUUGCAGAGUCCAAACGGACACCUGGACUUGUUCCUCCGCUUCCUCCUGGGUCUUUCAGUGGAGACCAAUCAGACUCUCCUACGAGGUCUGUUGGAACCAAAACAAAGAAGUUCACAGAACAAUCAGGAAACAGUUGAAUACAUCAAGGAGAAGAUCAGUGAGGAUCUGUCUGCAGAGAAAAGCAUCAACCUGUUCCACUGUCUGAAUGAACUGAACGCUGGUUCUCUGGUGGAGGAGGUCCAACGGUCCCUGAGGUCUGGACGUCUCUCCACAGAUAAACUGUCUCCUGCUCAGUGGUCGGCUCUAGUCUUCAUCUUACUGUCAUCAGAAGAUCUGGAGGUGUUUGACCUGAAAAAGUUCUCAGCUUCAGAGGAGGUUCUACGGAGGCUGCUGCCGGUGGUCAAAGCCUCCAAGAAAGUUGUGUUGAGUGGUUGUAACCUCUCAGAGAACAUCUGUGCAGAUCUGUCCUCAGUUCUCAGCUCUCAGUCCUCCAGUCUGACAGAACUGGACCUGAGUAACAACCACCUGCAGGAUUCAGGACCGAAGAAGCUGUGUCCUGGACUGGAGAGUCCACACUGUCACCUGGAGUCUCUCAGGCUGUCAGGCUGUCUGAUCUCAGAGGAAGGCUGUGCUUCACUGGUCUCAGCUCUGAGCUCCAACCCCUCCCACCUGAGAGAGCUGGACCUGAGCUACAACCAUCCAGGAGAGUCAGCAGUGAAGCUUUUGUCUGCUGGAAUGAAGGAUCCCCGCUGGAGACUGGACACUCUCAGGGUGGAGCCUGCUGGACAACGAUGGAUGACACCAAGUCUGAGGAAGUGUAAUCCAUCAAUGAUCAAUGACAGAUCAAUAAUAACUGCAGCUGGGUUGUUUGUUCUCUGUUCCCACAAACGCAUCCAACUGUCUGACAACAACAGGAAGAUGAUGUUUGUGGAGGAGUAUCAGUCAUAUCCUGAUCAUCCAGACAGGUUUGGUUCCUGGUGUCAGCUGCUGUGUAGAGAAGUUCUGACGGGUCGCUGUUACUGGGAGGUCCAGAGGAGAGGAGCAGUUUCUGUAUCAGUGAGUUACAGAAGAAUCAGAAGGAAAGGAAGCUCUGAUUACUGUAGGUUUGGAGGGAACGAUAAUUCCUGGAGUCUGGAAUGUUCUGAUGAUGGUCAGUACUAUGUCUGGCACAAUAACAGACCAACAUCUCCCUCCUCCUCUUCCUCAGUCUCUGACAGAGUAGCAGUGUAUGUGGACGUUCCUGCUGGAACUCUGUCCUUCUACAGCGUCUCCUCCUACAGACUGAUCCACCUCCACACCGUCAACACCACAUUCACUGAACCUCUCUAUCCUGGGUUCAGGUUCUGGCCUGGUUCUUCAGUGUCUCUGUGUUGA